CACCCCCAACACGGUAUCCCGUCUGUCUAUUGAAUAAAUAGACCCAUCGUUCCCUUCCGAUUCUACCCUUCAAGGUCGAUUAUCUUCGUAUCAUCUCAGCCGUUAACUCAGCUGUCACCGUCGUCAAAUCGCCCAUCGAACUUUACAACAAUGGAGAAAGUGCAAGAUUCGCCACCGCCGAGUACGGCGACGACUGUUCCUCCGCCGGAUAACGAUAAAAACAAUGUUCCGGAGACGCCAACAUCCCCCGGAGCCUCCCUCUUCGACGGACUGGAUCAGAAGGAGAUCGAACGCCUGGGAAGAGCUCGACCAGAAUGCUUCAAGACCCAGUGGUCAGAGAUUGCCUUCAUACUGUCGAUAUGCAUGUCUCAGAUCUUGGUGGAGUACUUCGUUUCUGGAUUCAAUGUGCUGGUACCGACGGUUGUCGAAGCUCUUGAUAUUCCACCAGCAUCGGCAACUUGGCCGGCAUCAGCUUUCUCUCUCGUCAUAUCCUGCUUCUUGCUGCCGAUGGGCAGGCUUUCCGACAUGUACGGUGGCAAGCGGUUGUUUGUCAUCGGCGUGGGAUGGCUCGUUAUCUGCAGUAUAGUGGCGGGAGUGGCCCAGACGGAACUGAUGUUAGAUCUCGCGCGAGCAUUGCAAGGUCUCGGGCCCGCUGCUUUUCUCCCGAGCAGUGUCAUGCUCCUUGGAAGCGUUUACCGUCCUGGGCCUCGGAAAAACUUGGUGUUUUCGGUUUACGGUGCCUGUGCUCCUCUGGGUUUCUUCGUGGGAAUCUUUUUUGCGGGACUUGCAGCGCAACUGAUGAGCUGGCGCUGGUACUUCUUCAUCGGUGCAAUCCUGAGCGCAAUCUCAUUCUUCCUCGCAUAUGCGUCCAUGCCGUCGGACACCGAUGAACGCGCGGCACUGGGUAUCAAGAUGGACUGGCCGGGUACGGUUUUGAUUGUAUCGGGACUUGUUCUAAUAGUGUUUUCCUUCACCGCAUCGCCAAGUGCUCCGCAGGGCUGGAGGACGCCGUACAUCCCUGUCACUUUUUGCGCGGGAGUUGUGAUCUUGGCGGUUGCCACGUGGUGGGAGGGCUGGAUGGCCGAACAACCAUUGUUGCCCGUCGAAAUCUUCAAGGUCGAUACAUUCCCCGCGGUCGUCGGUGCCAUGUUCAUGCAAUAUGGUGGUCUGGGCAUCUUUUUGCUCUAUACCACUUACUACAUGGAUGCGAUUAUUGGAGGAAGCCCGCUACAGAUCGUGGCCUGGGUCUCUCCCAUGUGCAUUGGGGGCAUCAUCAUCGCGGCAGCUGGCGGAUUCGUGCUUCACUUACUCUCCGGAACCAUUUUGAUGCUCAUUGCGGGAGUCUCCUGGGUCAUCGCGCCGUUGCUAUUCGCCAUUAUGCCAUCAAAUGCCUCCUAUUGGGCCUUCGUUUUCCCGGCAAUGGUUACAGCAACGAUCGGAAUCGAUAUUAGCUUCAACAUCACCAACAUCUUCAUCACCACCUGCCUUCCGAAGCGGCAGCAGGGUCUUGCCGGUGCAAUAAUCAACUCCAACAUGCAUCUCAGCAUCGCCUUUUUCCUUGGUCUCGGCGAAAUCUUGGCCCACGAAACCAGACAUCACGGCCUCCAGCAGAGCUACCGAUACGUCUUCUGGUUCGAAGUUGGACUCGCUGGGGUUGCCCUUCUGAUCAUGCUCGCAUUCGUCCGGUUGGACAGAGCCAAAAGCGACAUGACUGCCGACGAGAAGGAACGUCUGAAGAAGAUGCAGCUCGAGGCCGAAGCGUCCGAUUCCGAAUAAGCUUCAAUCCUCAACCUUCGAUUUACUUUUUUCUUUUCCGUUCCAUCUUUUUCUUUUCUUUGUUUGGAUUAGGGGGUUUAAAUUGGUUUCAUCUGGGUCUGGUUUCCUAUUAGGGUUUUUUUCUUUUGGAGAUGCAUGCUUUGACUCUGGGACAACCACCGUCGGGCGGUGCUAAUGCACUAAUUCCUGUACAGUACGAUAACUUUACGGAGUCAAAAAGUGGUUGGAUGGGGGAAAUUUGUUUUUUUUUCUUUCGG